AUGAAGGUGAUGAUCAGCGACGACAUCGACGAGGUCUACUACGAGUGCGAGGAGGCGAACGAGCCCAAGGUCCUCGACGACGACGAGGCCGCCGCGAACGAGGACACCUACGAUGAGUUCCUCGACAACCUCUACGACGUUGACGCCGUGACGACGUAUGCGGUAACCUAUGGGAAAAGUGAGCCUAUGAGUUCCGAAGGCAGUGGGGAUGUAGUCCAACGUGAGCCCUCUGGAGCAUCAAUGUCGCGCAAGGACCGUGCCAAGAAAUGUGAAGAAACCGCCUACAGGAAGCUUGGGAACAAAGAGUUCAGCUUUGCAGACCUCCUCGAGAUCGCGCACUUGGUCCCCCUGGGCAAGCUCAAGAAAGGAAAGGGCGUCCUACGCAGCGGCGGGAACCACUUCGAGUACUUCCUCGGAGGCAUGUACACUCACGGCAACAUGAAGGGGAUCUCCAGAGGAAGCCGGGAGCUGCCGUGGACAGUCAAGUUCAUGAAUUCCUUCCUGAAGGCACAGGGUUAUGGCCAGUGGACUUCCUUUGUGUUGUUCAAGAACGCGGCCACCAAUGUACAUUCUGAUGUGCACAACAUGCCGGAUACCACUAUCAAGACAGUCUCCUUCGGCAACUUUUCCGGAGGCGAGUUGUGGAUCAGUGACCCCGAACGGGACGCCGAUGUCCCAGGCACAACCUGGAGGCAAGAUGGCGACGGCAAGGCCCUCCCCGGUUACCUUGUCGACACUAAGGAGAAGGUCUAUGUCUUUGAUGGGAAGAACAAGCACGCCACACAGCCUUGGACUGGGGAGCGAUGGGCUUUGUCAUGUUUUACCACCCGGCUUUGGAAGAAGGCCGGGAGAUUGGCUGCGCUCACCUCAUGGUGCGUUGCGGCUGGGACGGCCUACACCACCGAUGCUUUUCCCCUCGCCAAGGGCAAGGAGUCGGUGGCGCUGUACGAAAUUGGCGGCAUCGAGAAGACUCUCGAGGUGACGGCGAUGGACUACCUCGUCGCCGAGCCCUUCGAGCACCCCCCAGACCUUGACGGCGCCGGGGGAUUCGAGGCGAUCCGGCGCACCAUCCGCGACCUCAUUCCGGCCACGGUGUGGGUCCAUGGCGAUAAGACGGCUACCUACUUAGACGAGAUCUACGAUUGCCUAUGUGGACACGCCGACCAAGGACGACAACUGGCAGUAGAAGCACCGCAAGAGGAUCCGUGCUGGACAUCACCGGGACUUCUACGGCUUCUACAGCGCUACGAAGGGAGAUGGGGACACCGAGAUGGCGAACCUCACGUCCUGAGGAUGAACGACUUCUACCACCAGGCCGGGAUAAGGAGCCGCGACGAGGACAUUCCACAGUUCAGCGCCUACGUCACCGACUACAAGCCCGAAGAGGACGACAAGGAGGAGGACGGGGUCCCGAAAGUCGGGGCCGAGGCGAUCACCUUCAGCAAGGGCCAAAGUCUGGCACCGGAGGUGAAAUCGUCACUACGAAGGUUGCAUCAGAAUCUCGGCCAUCCCUCCAAUACGGACUUAGCCCGACAUUUGCGACUUGCGGGCGCAGAUCCAGUUGUGGUGGAUGCAUGUAAACGCCUCCAAUGUCAGGUCUGUCAGAGAAGCAAGAGGGCAGCUACUCCGAAGCCAGCAUCACUUCCGAAUCUACUUGAGUUCAAUCAGGUGGUGGCUGUCGACGCCUUCUAUGUGUAUGACUGUGAUGGAGAAAAGAUCGAGCUGAUGAUGGCUAUAGACGUGGGUACCGGGUUUGCUCUUGCGGGUGAACUACAAGGUCACUCUACGUCUACCAUGGAGGCCACCUUCUGCACGCUGUGGAGCAACACUUUCGGUGCUCCAGGCACAAUGGUCGUGGAUUUGGAGUCGGGGCUCCAAGCCGGGCUCGGACGAUUCAGCGAGUGGCAUGGGACGUUCAUUCGACCAAUUGCAGGUCAAGCUCAUUGGCAGAACGGCACGGUGGAGCGUGCCAUCAGAACCUGGAAAGAAGUGUGGGGACGUCUGGUCGAUGAGAGGUCAGCGAGCUCCGACGAGGCCAACAUGGUGAUCACCGCGGUUAACAGCGCCAUGAAUACUCUGAGACGUGACUCUGGAUUCAGCCCCGCACAAGCAGUAUGGGGACGAGAUCCUCGGUUGCCCGAGGACAUCCACAACUCCUACCAGGACGAGCAUAUCGAGCACAUCAUCAGCCAUGACCGACAACGAAAGGACUUCUUCAACGUUCUCGAGUUGGAGGGCCAGAGUUGCACAUUGGAUCCCAUGUGUGAGGGAGUGAACUUCUGGAUUUCCUUUGCAGGACGCGAGAAAGCCCUGGAGAAGGAGAUCCCGUGGUCUAUGGUGCCCCCAGACCAGAGGGAGAACUUCAAGCAAGCCGAGCUGAAACAAUACAACGAACACAUAGAGCACCGCGCUCUGGAGCCCCUCACCGUGGAAGCCAGCAGGAAGAUCAUGAAGGAGCAGCCCGACAGAGUCUUGAACAGCCGGUUCGCCUAUCGAGAUAAAAAUUGGUCUCGUCGUCGUGAAGAACCAGAGCUCAGUUGGAGGGCCAAGGCGAGAUUGGUCAUAGCUGGACACCGGGAUCCAGACUUGUUGUCUGGAUUGCCGACGCACGCGCCGACGAUCUCCCGACAAGGAAUCCACCUACUCCUCCAAGUUCUUUCGUCGAACCUCAAGAAGGGCUGGAAGGGCUACGCGGGGGACGUGACGGCAGCCUUUUUGUGCGGUGAAGAUUUGGUUCGUGAACUUUAUCUACGGCAACCCCGCACAGGUCUAGGCGAGCUGCACCCCGAACAGUUGCUGCGCAUCCGAAAACCCAUCUUUGGGCUAGUGGACUGGGAAGCCGACAAGUUCGAGUACGUGGGUUCCUACAUCGAGAUCUUCGAGGACAAG